AUGCAACCUUCAACAUUAGCAGACUCGAUGAUUCCCUCAUCCAACUCUCGGUCACACUUGUUGCAUCGCACGCGCCCACCGACACACUCCCGCAAAAGCUCCGCGUUCACCCCGUUCUCCACGAUUGGCGAGCCGAACACGUACACGACCCUCUUUGCAUCUACCGCGCGGAAGCACUUCUCUGGCCACAUCGCUCCUCAUAAUCCUAUCUCGACGAUGAACAACUUUGAUAGCGCACUCUCCACCAACCUGAACUCGAACUCCGAUCCUCGGUCCUCAAGGCUAUUGAGCGUGUCUGCUGUGUGGAUGGUCUACGUUUAUGCCUUCAUUAGCUUGGUGUUCUUCUUCUCCGCGGCAUACUCCGUGCUUGGGAAAGUCUCGUGGAGCGCGUAUCUGAUGACCGUAGCAAUACCUGACCGUCCGGUCAACCAUUCUUAUCUCGAUGAUCUCUCGGAUCUUCAGCGAAUGGCCAAGUUAUCGUCUUUGCACCCUCCGCCAGAACGCUUCGAACCCUCUUACAUUGGAGCGACGUCAAGUGUCUCCGGGAUAUCUGCUUGUAUCUGGGCCUCUGACAACGAUCUUGGAUGGGUCACGUCCUGGGUAGCAGAAUGGGACGGUCCCAUCUCACUACUAGUCGUCUCGCGCUCGCCCCAGAUCUCAGAGCUCCACGGUAUAAUCUCAGCUUUCGCGCGCACAUCCGGUAUCGAUACCGCCAGUUCCAGGAUCUCUGUGCAUCUUCUACAGCUCCACCCGGCCACAUCCGACAUACCCAACGCCUUCCUCAACCUCGCCAGACUCUUUGCGCCCACUUCAUCUGUUCUCCUCGUGCCGGGGAUCCACCGCCCGCUGACUGUCCCUUCUCUGCUCCCUCACAAAGGCCUUGAAACUCCGACCCUCGUACUGAGUGCGAACGACACCUAUUCCGCAGCAGUAGAGCAUGACGAUGUUUCCGUGCCUGUCUUUCUUCCUCGCCCACACGACGUCUGGUGCACUGAACGGUUCUUCUCUCCUGCGUCAACGGAUACUGCGCUCAUGCGCUCUGCGGACUGGUCAGCGUGUCUCUGGCAACUGCAUCUGGACUCAAUGAGUGGGAUGGGCAUCGUCCGCACGCCCUCGUGGCACUCCGCUCGUGCUAUACCGGCUGCUUUGGGCUCGGAUGCGUCGAGUCUUGAUGGAAUCAUUCACCGUCGAUUAUCCACACGAUUCCGAAGCGAGACGUGUGUCCUUGCCAUCAAGCGGCAGGAAGUGCUCGACGCAGCGGGUGCAGGUGCGGACGCACAAGGUAUCCGUUGGUUGCAGGCCGCCUGCAAGCCGUACCUCGCGGGGAGCCUGGAUAGUAGUAGCUCGAAGAGUCUGCCUUUACCCAAGGGCGCUUAG